CUGAUCUCCCAUAUAUUUCCUAGCCUCUGCUUGCUCAUUUUAGCCGUGCUUGUCUCUUCAAAACCCUAGCAGGCUCUACGGGCACAACACAAGCACCAUGAAGUACAAUCCUAGGGUUUCAUCUUCCCGGCGCAAGAGCCGGAAGGCUCACUUUACGGCCCCCUCCUCCGUUCGUCGGAUCCUCAUGAGCGCGCCUCUCUCCACUGACCUCCGCCAGAAGUACAACGUCCGAUCUGUGCCUGUCCGCAAGGACGACGAGGUGCAGGUGGUUCGUGGGACAUUCAAGGGCCGCGAGGGUAAGGUAGUCCAGGUUUACCGCCGCAAGUGGGUCAUCCACAUUGAGCGCAUCACUAGGGAGAAAGUGAAUGGAUCCACCGUCAACGUUGGCAUCAAUCCUUCUAAGGUUGUUAUCACCAAGCUCCGCCUUGACAAGGACCGUAAGUCGCUGCUUGACCGCAAGGCCAAGGGUCGCGCCGCUGCUGACAAGGACAAGGGCACCAAGUUUACAGCUGAGGAUAUUAUGCAGAGCGUUGAUUGAUUAUGAAACCUUAAGUGGUGAAGUUUGUCAUCUAGGAUGCUUUACGUUCUAAUAGUUCUUUUUUUGAUAUUACUGUUAUUAUUUUUCGUGGUAUCUUUUUGAUUGAAGAAUAUCAAGGUUUUUGAUUUAUGUGAACCUGGAUUUUGGAUAUGUUUAAUCUCAUAUUUCGCAGCUUCUGAUAAUAA